AUUCUAUAGACCCGGAAGUAGGGCGGUACUGCUGUUUUGCUGUCGAGUCACCUCUGUCAGGAUGGAGGAAAACGAACUGCUAUCAUGCUGAUUAACGAGGGAUCCCGACAACCGAGCAUCAUAAACCGGCAUAGUUAGGCUAAACUGAACAUUUAUCUUGAACGUCUGCAUCGUUUCUACAACGCCUUGCCAAAAUGAUGGAAGAAAUCGACAGAUUCCAAGUGCCUCCAGUCAACGGAGAGACGCAGCCUCUGGACCCAGCAGCAUCCUCCACCUCAGAGACAGAACCUGACACUAAGGGAGAGAGUGUGGCCAUGAACUACAAACCCUCACCACUGCAGGUCCAAAUAGAGAAACAGAGGGACCUUGCCAGGAAGGGAUCAGUGAAGAAUGGCACCGUGGGAAGUCCUGUCAAUCAACAGCCUAAGAAGAAUGCCAGGACAAGGUUGGUGGUGCCAAACAAAGGCUACUCUUCCUUAGACCAGAGCCCAGAUGAAAAGCCUCUGGUAGCCCUGGACACUGACAGUGAUGAUGACUUUGACAUGUCCAGAUACUCCUCAUCAGGAUACUCCUCAGCCGAGGUGAGAUGUCUGAGGGACCAGCAGAUCAACCAGGACCUGAACAUCCAGCUCCUGAAGGAUGGGUACCGGCUCGAUGAGAUUCCAGACGAUGAGGAUCUGGAUCUGAUCCCCCCUAAAGCGGUCAACCCCACCUGCAUGUGCUGCCAGGCUGCUCCCUCCACAGCCUGUCAAAUCCAGUAGCACCCACCUACCCCCAACCCCAGAAAUCUCCUGCCUGCCACCUGCAUUGAGGCCAACUACUGACCAGAGUGGCAGCAAGGAAGAAAGACAAUUGGCUGGCAAAGGCACAAAGGGAAAAACAAGGGUUUAUAAAAUGCUAAAAAAAAGAGAGAACUUGACAAAUUGAAUAUGUACAGUACCUGUGCAUGUUCCUCCUAUGGUAGGAUCUGUGCAUCUUACUUCUGCGUUGUUGGUUCAGCAGGGACUCGACUGAUGGCAGAAACAUUACCUCUAAGGAAAACAUGUUACUUUUGCUUCUCCUUCGUUUGACUUCCAUGCCAUGCUCAUGGAUUUCCUGGUUUAAGAGGGCCAAGAAGGAUUGUGUGACAUUGUGGAAGAAGCGAAGUACGAAACUACGAUGGUAGGAUCAAGUGUGUGAGACAGUGACAUGGUGUCAUUGGUCCAUCCAAGGAGUCGACUUCUUCUUCUACUGGUGUAUAAUUGAUGGUCAUAUACAACGGACAAGAAGGGAUUGGAAUCUCGGUAGUGCCCAUUCGUUUUUCUCUUUUCUCAUUUCUUUCAGCCACUCUGCUUUGUCUUCCUGUGUAAAUACGUGUCAAACAUGAAAAGGACAUGCGUGUCUGAUUAUGCCCAGGAGAAUAGCGCUAAACCCUCAAGCUGCUGAUAAAACACUAAUGCUUACACACUAAGGUAGUAAUCCACAUCAUUUUUUUCCCCCAACGUUUAUCUGUUACACCGAGAUUGUCCUGCUUAAUUCUUUUAUAUUCAGUUAAAAGAAGCUGAAAAAUGCAUGCUGCCUGUUGACACUGUGUCCUGAUGACCAGCCUGUGCAGAUAAUUUAUCACUUUUUACCGACCCCAUGACCACAUCCUUGUGCCGAGGAGACAAUAUGUGCUUUCAAGUUAGUCAUAUUUAGGUUCACCUACUGUAAUACCAGUAGAUCUAGAUAAACCGUUCUAAUAAUGCCAGAAACGAGCUCAUGAAUUAGUGUGUACUUUGUGUGUGUUUGUUCAUGUUUGCCCCCACAUGAGUGUGGUUAAGAUGCUCGCAAAGGUAGCUACCACCAGUGAAGGUUGCGAUAUAGUUUAUAUAUAUAAUUUUCUCAAAUGAAAGUUGUGCAAUUUGUUCAUACCUGCUUUUAAAGAAUGUCUGAAGUGAUUCCAUAUUGCUUGGAUGAUUUUUUUGAAUUUCUUCUGUUUUGAUAGGAUGCGCUUUCCUUUCUUUAAAUAUUUUGUUAAAGUUUCUUUUGUAAGGUUCGAAAUAUGUGUAUUUCCCUCCUGAAGUACACUAUAACUUAUUUGUCUGAUGUGCGGCAGAAACUGUACAUGUAGCAUCACACAGCUGUGUAUUGUCAAUGCAUUAUGCCAUUUCAUGUUUUCCAUGGAGUUCUAUAGGAAGUUGCCCUUGUUGUCCGGAAGUACUGAAUGUACACUGUUUAUUUUAUCAUGUUUUUUUGUUUACAUCACUCUGAUGACAUUUGCAGAACUCAGCAGGAAUCGGCUAUUUUUCCUCGUAGUAGAUCGAGCUGGGUUUCUCCAAAAACACUGAUAACGAGAGGUUCUAAAAGUGUCUGAAACAUUUCUCUUACAAAUAACUUAAACAUUGAUAAACUUAUUCAGCUCGUGGGAGAAAUAUCUGGAUAUCCUGAGUGUUCUGAUGACUGAUGUUGAAGGGAUUUGAACUAUGGUGCAUGUCUAGAAAGACGUCUCGUUUUUAGAUAUGAGACUGUGUUUUUUUGGGAACGUUGCAUUCAUUUGUCACUACUGUUCAUCUGCACAUUUCAACAGGUUUACAUUUUUAUAAUGAAACUCUAAGACAAAGGGCAACAAAGGCAGUCACUGAAUGGAGAUACAUUGUGUAAUUUAUGGCUCCAUGAUGACUCAGUCUCAGUUGUUCCUAUUCUUUCUCUUUUUCUUUUUUUUGGGUUUUGCAGUAAUGCCACAUCUGCAGGUAUACAUAUAUGGGAUGUCAAAAGAGGCGUAUUUGCUUUGGUCAAAUUGAUGAAUGAAUGGUACUGUAUGUAUAGCGCAAAAAUAACUAGUAUCUAUGUGGAUAGAGAAAAGGAACAGUUAAUAUUGCUAUUUUUAAAAUCUUUUCCUUUGAUUAGUUUUGCUGGUUUGAGUGAACCUCGCAGAAAAAUCUGUAACCCAGUAAGAAAACAUCUCCCUUCUCUUAUCACUGAUAUCCCUGCAGCAUUUGACUUACAAAAAUGCACACAGAUUUAAAAAUAAUAUACACAAAGAAGGUGCCAUGUGUGUAGAUAGUAAAACAAUUUUCAUGAAGUAGAAAACUACAUGAACAGGACAGUGGGCCAUUUAAAAUGUCACCAGUGCAGCUACUGGGUGAAGUGAUGGUUGGACCAGUAGCUGUGUUUAGUUAACAGAAACAUGGAGGGACUGACUGUUGUGCUGCAUUUUUCUGCCAUUAACAUCAUCCUAAUGGAUUUGCACACAGGUCAUCACGGUCAUCCUAUACUGAGUGCAAUACUUGUGGCUAAUGUAUAAACUGAGGCGUAGAUUCACUAUCUUCUUGAGUUUCUAGUAAUUCGUUGUAACCGAAGCUAUUUAUUUGCAGUUGUGUGUUUUUCAUUUUAUUUUCAUGUACGGGAAAUACUUCAUAUACGGAAAUACUUCAUAUACAGACGGAUGCUUUUUAUUUGUCAGAUGCUUGUUAUGACGAUUGUGAACUGGUUCCAUUUAGAUUUUAAUGGUGUUAAAGUUCUGUGUAUAGUGCAACAUAUAAAAAAAAUAAAUAUUAGGUAUCUCAA